AUGCCACGUUCAUCAGCCGCGGCUAGGAAGAGUCAAAGCAGUCGGCAUGAGAAUGGUCCCGUUGGUUCCAGUAAGAAAGUGACCAAGCAAAAAUCGAAUGGACAUUUGAAUGGACACGCCAACGGUGGCGCUGGUGGUUUUGCCUCGAGCUCGAGCUCCUCUCAAGUCGAUCUGUCCUCGUCUCGCUCUUCCAGUGAUCCCGCCAUCACCGCCACGGUAGCAACGGCAGCCAAACUGAACGGAACGGCAGAUACUUCACCCUCGCCUUCCAAGUCCGAUAGCAAUGUGCGCGGCCUUCUGAAUGGGUAUACAAAGAGCAACGCAGACAUGUCAAAUGGUGUCGGUCCGCCGAACAAUGGACUCACCGGUCCGUCCUCGCGUCGCACCGAACAGGCCGCCACGACUACGACGGCCAUGGGUCCCAAACGGUCGGGUUCGAAUGCCUCCAUCAAUCCGUUGCAAUUGGCUUCGACCAUUCUCAAGUCAUGCCCGAUGUACGACACCAUCGCCAUCCUCAUUUUCCUCCUCCAGUUGCCGCCGAUGGUCCUGACUUUGGUACAAUUCCUGUUUGCGUCUUUGACCUUUAUGCCUCCGAGCGGUGCGUCAGCCGGUUCCUUUACGUCCAAUUUCGACAUUUUCCAAGGCCCGGCCGGAACGCCGUCGUUGGCGACAAUGCUCGCAGCGGACGGGUUUUCUCUACUCGUUUGGGGCCUGUUCAUGUGGACCUGGGCGCAAAAUUUUGCACUGGAUCUAGCGCAUGUGCAGGUGGCCAUCACGCUAGGUGGUGGAGGGUCGGGGAAAAGCGAAGGGGUCAGUUGGGUGUGUGUUGGUAUAGUGCUCGCCCUACAUCUGCUUCGCAGUAAAGGUAUACAGGAUUUUGUUAUGGGUUAUCUUCUCUCUGCAAAAAUUGUCUCUCCAGACCUGUUAUCUCAGUAUUCCCAUUUCUUACCUACUGAGUUUCGUCGUACCGAAACCCAGAGUUCUCCGAGUUGGAUACGCAGUUUACUGGCAGUACAUAUUUUAGCCCAAGCGGGCACGGCCAUGUUAAGGCGGUCGAUGGCCCAAAAUCGUUCGCCCACUCCCCCGCGCCUUGGAAAGCGCGGCGACACCGAGGCUUCCGCGGGCUCCUCGCAAGCGCAGGCGGAUUCGGCUUUCGAGUCGGGCACCAGCCUUUCCUCGAUACUGGGUACUGAUGGCCAAAUAGCGCCGUCGUCUUCAGCCCUCAAGGACGGCCGGGAUCGACUUGUUUCGGCAAAGAAACGGAGGAGACAGGCAAAUCAGGUUCGGAGUCGCCAACCGUUUUGGGCGGCACUUGCAAGCACAAAAGUUACUGUGAUGAGAGAGUACGAGCAUUCUAGAGCAAUGUCAAAAACCACACGAGGUUCUACGAUGACAGAGGAGGAUUUGCAGGGUGUUUCAUUGGAUGAUGGACUUAUUUGGAUAACCGAUGUGGACGGUUCCUCGAUCAGAUAUGCCGCGGGUGAUUUUGCCUCGGCGGACGAUCCCGCUGUUUCGGGUGCUGCUUGUGAAGCCGGGCACCUGGGAAACGAGGAAAUGGAACCGUUUUACGUAUGUGUCAAUGGCGCACUGUGGGCCACCGCCACCGUCUACAAAGUCGACGAUGCUUCUAACGGUUCAAAUGCGGUUCAUUGGCGUGGCGAGAUCUCCGGUCUUGCUCCUAACUGUGCUUACACUUGUUCUUUUGUACGCAGUGAUACUGAUGAAGAGAUUUGCGUCAUGAGUGUCAAGACUCCUGCCACCAAUGACGCAGAUCAAGUAUCUUCGGUUUCCACGCCACCGCAACCAUCUUAUCGACCGUCGUCUCCGACAACCACACUCAAAAACUCCAUUGUCAACGCGGAAGCAAAACUCAAUGAGAAGCGUGCUCGGCAGAAGAAGACUAGAGCCGACCAUACACGUGUUCUUAACAAGAUCAAGAGGGACAUGGAAAGUUUGUCCAAUCGCCUGAACAGUGGAACGGAUGAAAACAAGCAGAAGCAACGCUCUCUUCAGUUGGAACGGACCAUUCGCCAAACAGAGGAAGCAACUACUGCUCUGGAGGCCCAGCUGAGUACAAAGACACAGAUCCCUGAGGAGGAGCUGCAGGAAUGGGCGUCCCAGAAAGCCGACUACGAGCGUGAACGGGACCAACUCGCUAAUGCCAAAGAAGAACUUGUUGCUACCCGUACUGCCAUCGCCCGCGAAGUGUCAUCCUUGGAAUCUGAUUUGAACUCGACGAUUCAACGGCGCGAACGCCUUCAAAGUCGUCGUGCCAGAGUCAACGAACAACAUGAGAGGAUCGUUUCUGCCAAUGCUCAGGGUCUCAACGAACGCGAGCGUCGCGCGGCUGAACAGUUUGCUAGGGAGCAGGAUCAGGCUAAGCUGGAGGCGAAUUACAACGAUCAGUUUGCCAGCAUUGGCCAGUCCGUUCAAGAUUACCACGUUCGCACGAAUCAACUCCUGCAGCAAGCUGCGGCAAUCGAGCAAGCUAUACAACAACAGCAGCUCAUUGACCCCGGUCCGUUGACUCCUGGAGCUCCCAUUUCUGAUGGCAUGGCCUUGGGCCCCUUAACCAGCACUGCUUCCAACCACCGAUCGCUAUUGGGCUUAAGUUUCCCUCCAUUGAAAUCUAGUCCCCUUCAACAUUCGGCAACCCUUACUGGUACGACCUCAUCUCAUCCGACUAGUCCGGCACCGCAGCCGUCAUACCUUCACCAGCACGCCCCGAGUUCCCCGCUUGCCCACACCAAUUCGUACUUUGCCACGGAUUCUGCUUACCGGGAUCGAUCCUUUUCCAACCGAUCGGGCCGAAGCGGUCAGUUCAACAGCACUGCCGAAUUUUUGGACGGCAGCCGCCUGCCGCCUCUUCAGCUCGACCUGUCCGAGCUCGUUACCGAUAAGCGAGGAAGCUUUUGUUCUGAGAAUAACAAUCCUUUGAACUCUAGCAUGCGCCCGUCUCCGACUUCGUUCAAGCGGGCAGGUAGCGGAAGUGGUAGCAGUGGCAGCGGCAGCCCAGGCUCUGCGCGCGGUCAAGGCAACUAA